GUUGUCGACGGUAGACGCAGUGAGGCGGUCCCGGUCAAUGUACUAAAAAAAAAAAGAAGAAGUUGGUUUUAAGUCAGUUUUGUUUUAUUAUUUCCAAAUUUACCUGCGGUAUUAACUUCUGGCUAAAACUAUGGCUUCUUCGGAUGUUGCUCGGCAGCCGGAUCAAGGAGUCCGGCCUCUGUCCCUGGCUGGCCAUGUGGGCUUUGACAGCCUCCCGGAUCAGCUUGUCAACAAAUCCAUCUGCCAGGGCUUCUGCUUCAAUAUUCUCUGCAUUGGUGAAACCGGUAUCGGCAAGUCUACCCUCAUGGACACUUUGUUUAAUACCAACUUUGAGAACUUUGAGUCAUCCCACUUUGAGCCUCAGGUGAAGCUGCGGGCUCAAACCUAUGACUUACAGGAGAGUAACGUCAGACUACGCCUCACUGUGGUCAACACCGUGGGCUUUGGAGACCAAAUGAACAAACAAGAGAGCUAUCAGCCGGUGGUGGACUACAUUGACAGGCAGUUUGAGAGUUAUCUCCAGGAGGAGCUAAAAAUCAAGCGCUCUCUUCACAACUACCAUGACUCGCGAGUCCACGCCUGCCUUUACUUCAUCUCCCCCUCAGGACAUUCACUCAAAUCCCUGGACCUGGUCACUAUGAAAAAACUGGACAGCAAGGUGAACAUCAUCCCAGUGAUUGCCAAAGCUGACACCAUCAGUAAGAGCGAGCUGCACAAAUUCAAGAUCAAGAUCAUGAGCGAGCUGGUCAGCAACGGUGUCCAGAUCUACCAGUUCCCCCUGGAUGAUGAGACCGUGGCUAAGGUCAACACUACAAUGAAUGGUCAUUUGCCAUUUGCUGUAGUCGGCAGCACAGAAGAAGUCUCUGUUGGCAAUAAGAUGGUGAAGGCUCGUCAGUAUCCCUGGGGUGUAGUACAAGUCGAGAACGAGAACCACUGCGACUUUGUGAAGCUGCGAGAGAUGCUGAUCUGCGUAAACAUGGAGGACCUGAGAGAGCAGACUCACACUCGCCACUACGAGCUGUACAGACGCUGCAAACUGGAGGAAAUGGGAUUUAAAGACACAGGCCCAGAGUGCAAACCCGUUAGCUUGCAGCAGACUUAUGAGGCCAAGCGUCAAGAGUUCCUGGUGGAGCUACAGAAGAGAGAGGACGAGAUGAGGCAGAUGUUUGUGCAGAGGGUGAAGGAGAAGGAGUCUGAGCUGAAGGAGGCUGAAAGAGAGCUGCAAAGUCGCUUUGAGCAGCUGAAGCGCCUCCAUGCAGAUGAGAAAGCGGCUCUGGAGGAAAAGAAGAGGCUCCUGGACGACGACCAGAGUUCCUUCAGCAAGAGACGAGCUGCCGCCCAGCUCCUGCAGGCCCAGAGCCUCACCGCCAACGGCAAGAAGGACAAGGACCGCAAGAAUUCUGGCUUCAUGUGAAGUACCCGCCAAUAUGACCAGUACGACCAGUGACAUUCUGCCCACAUCCUUUCCAGCCAUUUGUGGCCAGUCUCAAACACUAAUUAAAAAACACAAGACACAAACCAGCAGUGUGCACGAGUGUGAGCUUGUGCCAGAGUUUAAUUACUGUACCCAUGAAUUCUGUGUACUUUCCUCAACGGUAUUUUUAAUCUUCUUUGUGGGUUUUAUACUUUUUGUGUAAUAUUUUAUAUUUAUCCUUCCAUUUUUAUAUAAAACCUUUAUUUUCUGUAUACUUUUUUUUUUUUCUUAAUUUCUGCUCAGACACCUCAGUGUGUCGACCCUCAGACAGCCUCCUCCCUAGAUGCUCUACAUUGAACAAAGGACUUGGAUAGGUACAAAAAAUAUGUUAAAAGGGACUUCAGUUACAUUCAAUCUGUCUGCCAUGUCUUUGUGUGUGAUAACAACAUUUGUAAUGCAGUCUUAUGAAUUUGCAACAUGCUUGUAAUUUAUUACGCCCCCUCUCAGACGUCAACUUCUUGAGGAGAUUUAGUUACAUCUUGGUCUAAACAAACGCCCAAGUCUCCUGUUCAUAAAAGUCGCCAUGGCAGUCUGAAUCAUUGUAAAAGCUACAGUAGAGGUGAGCGCCUUAUUAAUACAGAUAGGUAAUAGAGAGAUAAACAAUUUAACAAUCCAUCACAUUAUUAUUUAUUCAGCUCACAGCUGUUCUCCAGCAGUUCUGCCCCUAGGGGGAGAUUAAAUAUAGUGCGAGCAUUGCAGCUCGAUGUCUGUCCUGUCGUGUUUUAAAUAGAGCUGUCGACUCCACAGAGACCGUCUGUACAAAAAAAAAAACAGUUAAUUCAACAGAUUUGUAGCGAAAUUCAGCAGUUUUACAGAAUCCAUGUCUGAAAUGGGCUAAAUUGUGAUCAUCAUUAAGCGUUGUCAUGAGCAUGGUCACUGGGCAUUAUAGCUUCUUAUCCAUUUUCUGUAUCAUCUUUGAUUUACUAUGAGCACAUCAGCAUUACAAAAACCUGCAGGAGCCACAUUAAUGCUCCUGUUGUUGUGUUAAAGGGAAAUCUCCGUGCUUUUCACUUCUCUUGUCUGAUCACAGGCUGCAGUUUUUUGUUUUUUUUAGCAGGGUGAGGCUGGUUUUGGAUUUGGUACAUGUUACUGCAUAUAUUUAUAUCAGUUAUGUUUUACUCGCUCCCUGAUUAUUAUUAUUUUUUCUUUCUUACUGACACAAACAGUCGAAGUCUAUCUGAAAAGAGCUGACUCGUGGAGAAAAUGCAUCAUGUCGAGUCAGUGUUUGAUGAGGGAAUCCAGGAAGGGAAGGAGGGACGAUGCAUUUGUGACUGUUUUUAAAAAAAAAAAAA